GAGCCGAGCGCGUCGAGGAGGCGCCACUGCUGCCGCUGCUGCUGCUGCUGGUGCCGCCGGCCGGGCGCGCGGGGCCGGUUCGAAGCCGGCCCGCCCUCCCGCCGCCGUCGUCCGGUCCGCGGGCCGCGCGGUCCCGUUAUCAUGUCGCUGAGGCAGCGCCUGGCCCAGCUGGCCGUCUGUCUGCAGGAACCGCAGAAAGUGGCCCGUUUCCAGCGGCUGUGCGGGGUCGAAGCGCCGCCGAGCCGCCCCGCCGCCGGCCCGAGCGCUGCUGAGGAGGAGGCGGAGGCGCCCCUCGCCGGAGACGCCCGGCGUCGGGAACGGCAGCCGGGGGCGCCCGGAGGCCCCCAGCCGCCCGGGAGCGACCGCAAUCAGUGCCCCGCCAAGCCGGGCGACCGCGGCGCCCCCAACGGCGUGCGGAACGCGCUGGCGAGCGAGCUGGGCCCGGCCCCGGCGCGGCGCGCGGCCGGCCUGCGCCGCAACUCGCUGACGGGCGAGGAGGGCGAGCUGGCCCACGUGAGCAACUGGCCGCUCUACUACCUGUUCUGCCUGGGCACCGAGCUGGGCAACGAACUCUUUUACAUCCUCUUCUUCCCCUUCUGGAUCUGGAACCUCGACGCCCUGGUGGGCCGGAGGCUCGUGGUCAUCUGGGUGCUGGUCAUGUACCUGGGCCAGUGCACCAAGGACAUCAUCCGCUGGCCGCGGCCCGCCUCCCCGCCCGUGGUGAAGUUGGAGGUCUUCUACAACUCCGAGUACAGCAUGCCGUCCACCCACGCCAUGUCGGGCACCGCCAUCCCCAUCGCCAUGGUCCUGCUCACCUACGGCCGCUGGCAGUAUCCUCUUAUAUAUGGACUGAUUCUUGUUCCCUGCUGGUGUUCUCUAGUUUGCCUAAGUAGAAUUUACAUGGGAAUGCACUCCAUUCUGGAUAUUAUUGCUGGAUUCCUAUAUACCAUUUUAAUCUUAGUUGUCUUCUAUCCAUUCGUCGACCUGAUUGACAACUUCAACCAGACUCACAGAUAUGCUCCGUUAUUCAUCAUCGGGCUUCAUUUAGCCUUGGGGAUCUUUUCUUUCACUCUGGACACCUGGAGUACAUCCCGAGGAGACACUGCUGAGAUUCUAGGAAGUGGUGCUGGAAUUGCAUGUGGAUCUCAUGUCACCUAUAACAUGGGUCUAAUGUUAGAUCCUUCUCUGGAUAUGUUACCUCUAGCUACACCCCCUAUUACUGUGACUCUGUUUGGAAAAGCCAUAUUGCGGAUCCUCAUAGGGAUGGUAUUUGUACUAAUAGUCAGAGAUAUAAUGAAAAGGAUCACCAUUCCUUUAGCCUGUAAAAUCUUCAGUAUACCAUGUGAUGAUGUUCGAAACGCUAGACAGCACAUGGAAGUUGAACUUCCUUAUCGAUAUAUUACCUAUGGAAUGGUUGGUUUCUCUAUCACGUUUUUGAUCCCUUACAUAUUUUCCUUUAUUGGUAUCUCUUGAUGGAGAAAUAUUGUUUAUGAUAAGAAAGGAGGGUAUCAGUUACUGAUAUCUAAAAAUGUAUUCUAGUUAAAAGCCAAAUCAGAGUUAGGCUUUUGCAGGAAUUAAACUUAAAUAAUUAUUUAAGUAAAUUCAUAAGAGUCAGUGCAUUUUAUCAUUGCACAUCCAGAUAUUGUUUUAGGUGAGCUGAGCUUUUUCAACACUGAGAAAAUGGUAAGUGCCCAUUUAGAGUGUUCAUGUAAUAUUUGGAGAGUUGUGUGCUGUUAUGGAUUCAAGUUAUAUAUAAUAUAUAUUAAGGUACAUAAUAUACAAUUAUGUAUCUAAUAUAUGUUAUGUAUAAAAUAAUGUACCUAAGUUUUUUAAACUGGGGGGUGUAUUAUAAAAUCAAAAAUAAUAUGCAAACAGUUGGUGCCUGUGUAUUUGGACUUAAUACAGGUAUGUUGUUAUUAACAGAUAUAUUUAACAUUUAUUUACUAUGGGAGCCGUUUCCUAAUUGAAUUGCAUAAUUACUAGACCAGAAUUCAUAUGCUACCGCAUAUUGUUUUAUUGCCUGUUUUUACACUGCCAUCACCUUUCAUGUUACUCAUGAUGUUGAACAUGGGAGGUAUUUUUAAUGGACCAAAUUUUCAGAAAAGUUAGUGUUUGGAUUCCUUUUAUUUUCUCCAGUUCUGUACACUUUGUUGAAUGUAUUUCAUUUGCAGUUCUUAUGUACAUCAGUUUAAUAAUUCAGGUACUGAAUUUUAGUGCUUGCUAAUUGUGCCUUUCUGUUGCUGAAUUAAGAAAUGCCAUGUACUGUGAUAUAAAAAUGAGAUGCUGACUAUUUAAGUUACUCAUAAUCAGGCAAAUAUUUUUAAAAUAUAUGUCAAGCUAACAGGGCUAGAAGCAAACCCCCCUCAGUCUUUAGCUGUUGUCUAGAUAGAAUGUGGAAUGGGCUAAACUUUGUCACAAAUUUAUUGGGAAGCUAAAUGGAUAAAUAUUUCCAUUUUUGUAGGUAUUUUUCUGUGCAUUGUCAGUUAUAGGAACAAGAUAUAUUUUUUUGUACAUUGUCUUGAUUGUUUAUACUGCAGGUAGAUAUUUCCAGUGAAUGAAAAUGUAAUUGAAAUUUGUAGAUGGGACAAUGCACAUGCUUCAUAUGUAAACAAACCAUUUUUCUAAAUUAUUUGGAAAGGAUUGGAUUUAGCAGUGUUACCUUUUAAUACCCAUUUAUUAGCUACUUAAGAUAAAUUAUAAAAUCUAAAAGUAUCAGUAUUUUGGAUCCUAUUAUUUUUUCAACUUUUUAUUAUUUUCACAGUGGAAACUUUGGGUAUAGUAUUAAACUAUUCUUGAUUCUGUCUGUGCCUUUAUAUUUUGAAGUGUGAUUGUAAUUAGGUUAACAUUAAGUUUAUUUGUAGUAAGUUUUUCAUAAAGAAGAGAAUUAACUUUCCAUAUAAAUGAGCAUUAGGUAUGCAAUUACUGACUUUUGUGCAAUAUCUGUCUGAUUAUCCAGAAGUAAUCACUUAAGAUGUUUCUAUUUUGGGCAGCAUAACUAUUUGAGCUCAUAUUUUUAUAAUUCUGAUUGAGAACUUAGGGACAUGGUAAUUUUUACCAAUACUGAAUUCAAUAAUUUUAAGUAAAGCAACUAAAUUUAGGACAUUUACCUAUUAGUUAAAAGGAAACCAAGGCACUUAGGAACAUAUCGGUACGUUGGAAACUGUGCAAAGAACUUUUCUUUCAAAAUGUGUUUAAUGAAUCAAAUUUUAGAGUCUAUUUCCCAUAAUUUGGGUCUAUGCUAUGUUAUUAAUUUUUAUGUCUAGCUUAAAAGGUAUUUGAAGAUAUUCCAUUUCUUUGUGUUUUGUUUUCUGUCCUAUGAUAGUUCAUGCUAAAUGUAUUUUAAAAUAAAAACCAAAUUCAAG